GACGGUCAAAUAGCCAAUCGCGCUCCUCCUCCACAUGAGUGAGCGAAGAUGGCGCAGGACGGUACGGUGCCCAGCGAUCUCUACAAGCAUGUGUACUCGUUUCUCGUGGAAAAUAAGUUCACCAACGCCGCGAAAGAGUUUUUAAAGCAAGCUAAAGUGAAACCUCAAGACCAAAAUGAGGACAGUCUCCUGGACAUCUUCCAUUUUUGGGUCAAGUCCCCAGAAACCAAAAAGCGCAAAGCGGUCACCAGUAGCCCUUCGGCAGUCAACGGCCCAUCAGCCAAGAAAGCAAAGAAAGAUGCAGUGAGUUCAAGUAGUGAGGACUCCAGCAGUGAAGAGGAAGCUGCAGCACCUGCCAAGAAAGUUGUACAAGCGAAAGCUCCUGCUCCAAAGAAGCCAGCAGCUGUAGCUGCUAAAAAGAGCAGCAGCUCUGAAGACUCCAGCGACUCGGAGGAUGAAGCUCCAGCUAAAACAGCAGCAAAGAAGCCUGCAGCUGUGAAACCUGCUGUUAAGCCUGCAGCACCAGCCAGGAAGAAAGACACCAGUUCCAGCAGCGAGGACUCAGACUCUGAUGUGGAGCCGGCCAAAACUCCAGCGACAGGAGCAAAGGCCAAGCCUGUGGCAAGGACCCCUAAAUCGGCGUCCACUCCGGUGUCUGCAGCUAAGAAGCAAGACAGUAGCAGCAAUGAGGACAGCUCUAGUGAUUCUGAGGAUGAGGCUCCAGCUAAGACAGCAGUAAAAGCACCAGUCCCAGUGAAGACCCCUCCAGCUAAACCUGCGGCCCCGGCAGAAUCCAGCAGUGAGGAGUCCUCCUCAGAUGAGGAAGAUGCACCUCCUACUAAGAAAUCCAAGAUUGGACAAUUCAAUGCCGUCCCGCCUCCUAGAGCACUGACCACUCCAGUCAAAGCCCCUGUUAAGACUGCGACUCCCAAAGCCAGUGCUAAGAAGGACUCAUCCAGUUCUGACAGCUCUGAUUCAGAGGAUGAAGCAAAGAAACCAGCUGCCAAACCUGCUCCGGCUAAAGCAGCCCCAGCCAAGAAAGCACCUACAAAGGUUGCUCCUGCUCAGAAAAAGGAUUCGUCUAGUUCAGAUUCUUCAAGCUCAGAGGAUGAAGCAGCAAAGCCAGCUGUCAAAGUCACACCAGCAAAAGCUGCAUCUGCUAAAACCACACCUGCUAAAGUCACCCCGGCUGCAGACAAGUCUUCAUCAUCAAGCUCGGAGGACUCUGACGAUGAGGAGUUGGCAGCCAAGAAACCGGCAGCUAAAGUUGUCCCGGUUAAACCUGCGCCAGCCAAGAAAACGCCAGCUAAAGUCAAGCCCGCUGCAAAAGAAUCAUCAUCAUCUAGCUCCGAGUCUGAGGAAGACAAACCGGCCACAAAACCAACCCCAGCCAAGGCUGCUCCUGCUAAAGCUGCUCCUGCUAAAGCUGCUCCUGCUAAAGCUGCUCCUGCUAAAGCUGCUCCUGCUAAAGCUGCUCCUCUGAAGACAACCCCUGCUAAGAAAAAGGAUUCAAGUUCAGAUUCAGACAGCUCUGAGGAUGAGGCACCUGCUAAACCAGCAGCUAAAUCCAAGCCUUUAAGCACUCCUAAACCUGCAGCCAAGCCCGCUGAAUCCAGCUCUGACUCGGACAGCUCUUCAGAUGAUGAGGAACCGCAAAAGAAAGCUACCACCACACCAAUAUCCAAACCUGCGGCUACCUCAGCCAAACCUACCUCAGCAGCUAAGCCUUCCGCUAAGGCUGCUGAAAGUAGUUCAGACUCGGACAGCUCAUCAGAUGAGGAACCGCAAAAGAAAACCACCACCACACCGGUAUCCAAACCAGGUACCCCAGCUAAACCUGCAGUUGCAGCUAAACCUGCUGCUAAACCAGCUGAUAGCAGUUCUGACUCUGAAUCCGACAGCUCUGACUCUGAAGACGAGACUGCGGCUGCAAAGAAAGCUAAACCAGUAGCGGCUACUGCUGCCAAGAAGUCCGCCCCUGCCACCAAACCACCAGCUCCAGCCAGUAAGAACGCAGCGGAGUCCAGCAGCAGUGAUUCGGACAGCUCCAGUGAAGACGAGAAGAAAGUAAAGACUACUGUGACCCCAAAAGCAGCAGCAGCUAAGCCAGUUAGCUCGAAGAAAGCCGAGAGCAGUAGCUCCGAAUCUGACAGUUCAGACUCUGAGACGGAGGCUAAGAAGACUCCCGCCAAGCCUGCAGUCACCAACGGAAAGGCCGCUACAACAAAAACCCCCACCUCUGCAGCAAAGACGCCAGCUAAAAAGACAGCAGAGUCUUCAUCCUCGAGUGACAGCAGUUCUGAUGAAGAAGAGUCUCCUAAAACACCAGCUGUGAAAACACCACCUGCUACAAAAGCACAGGCUGCUAAGGCCAAAGCAGACAGCAGCUCGUCUGAGGACUCUUCAUCUGAGGAAGAGGAAACGACGGCCAAGACUCCGGUCACAACAAACGGCAAAAAGAGCAAAAAAAAGGGGAAAGAGGAAGAAACGACAACACCCAAGAAUACAAAAAUCACCACAUCCACACCUCAGACUUUUCCCAGAACCAAACAAAAGGAAAGCAAUACUCCUUUCCGUAGAGUAAGAGACGAGGAAAUUGAGGUGGACCCCCGCCUGGCAGACAAUUCAUUUGACGCAAAGAUGGGAGCCAACAGUGACUGGGGCCAGAAGGCCAACAGUGUGCUUAAAUUUACUAAGGGCAAAUCUUUCCGGCAUGAAAAGACCAAGAAGAAGCGUGGCAGUUAUAGAGGCGGCGCGAUCUCCACCUCAGUGAACUCCAUUAAGUUUGACAGCGACUGAGGUCACAAACUAACUGAACCUCUGAACUCUCCAUAUCUGUCUGUCCCAUUUGUGGCUAUAUCAGCUCUAGCAAGCACUGUUUUGACCCGUCUACCCUCUGUUCCUGCGUGACUGCUGGUGCACUGUUGACAUGGGCCGGCAUUGACUGAAGAAAACAGGAAUAGAGGGGGUUGAGGUGUAUGGCUGUCUUUUUCUUUUUUUUUUUUGCACUCAAUCUUUCAUGCAGUUAGACACGGUGACCACAUGGUGGCGCCAAUUCAUUGCGUUUAGGCCUUUUGAUUUGCUUGUAUGUAAAAUAUGGUUUUGGCUUCACUGUAAAAUGUUUCUUAAAGUUGGCAUGACAAAUUAUGGACGGUUGUUCUAACGGUAAUUGUUAAUGUACUAGAAAUGACAGAGUGAUUUUUCUUUUUUACUAUUAUAUGUCAAAGAAAUGUCAUUAUGGUUGCGUUAACAUUUUAUGAGCCUGGUGAUUUGUCUGAUUUGAGGAAGCCGUGUAGUUAAUGACUCCGCCCACUUCUGUUUGACAGACACUGGAAGACCACCCUUAAAAUAACACAUGAAUCCUCCUCAUUCGGUUUAGUUUUAAUCUUUUAUGGUUUCAUAUCUAUGUUACGCAGGAUUUUGUAAUUUGGUCUCCUUUACGAUCAGUCUUGUAACUGUAAUUAAAACUUGGACUGAAACUCAA